GAAAACUAUGACAAUCAAGGAGGCCAUAAAGGCGCCCUACAAUUGUAGGGACGACUGACGAUAUGGGCCUUACAGGCCUAAGUCCUACUAUAUUAGUUUUAUAAAUGUUUGUGAAUCCCUUUCAUUUGGAAAAUGGUUGCAACAUGAAAUAUCACUAUUUCUUUAACUUUUUGUCUGUACUCUGCAUAGAAUCCAUAAUUAUUUUUCAAACCUAGAAAAUGUUAAUGUACAAAUUAAAGUAUCGUCUCCUAAAUGCUUUGUGUUGCUUUGGACAUGAUUUUUACAUUAUCUCAGCUUACAUGCCUAGCAUUAGAUAAGAUUUUGAAUACACUAUAAGAUCUGCUACCACUAGAUCAUAUAAAAACUUUCUUGGGUCUGAACCAAUGUACAAUUAAAAUCUACAUUGUUCUUAGGUAACUUGGUAGAUCUAAUUAGUGACACCACUUUAUUGAGUUGCAUUGUAUAAUUAAUCCAGCCCUCUUCAGUCACAGUCCAAAUUGCUAUUUUGUGUAAUGUAUCGUGCCUGUUCAUCUGUUUAUCUAUUUCUAAGUUCCACCACAAUUUAUUUCCACAUGAUCCUUUUGUAUUCACUGUUUUUUCACAUACUAACCCCCCAUAUGAACUAAUAAACAGUCAGUUAAAAUCUGGCAGCCACUUUAUAUCUAUAAGUUUAUUUUGUAAGUCUGGUACAUUCAAGUUUUUAUAAUUUCUAUAUGUUAUUACUGACUCAUCUAUGUGAUGUUGAUAAGUGACACAUGUAUAACUGAAUGAUUAGUAAUUUUGGGUAUGUGCCACACUACAUGCUUCAAUUUAUUAUUUGUACUCCUCUACAUCAGCCUGAAGAAGACCAGCUGAUUCUUCCAAAUGCCUUACAACAACAGCAACAACAGCAGUCACAACAAUCGCAACCUUCUACUUCACAAGUGCCCCCUUUGGCCCCCAUGGGAGGGCUAACUCCUACAUUAGGCUUAGGUAUGGGGCAUGCAAUGUCCAUGCCUCAGACGAAAUAUGUCACCGGGUUUGCACUGCCUAUAAGUACCAUGACUGGGCAACCGCCUCAUACAAUGAUGAGCCCAAUGGUCAAUAUGGGCAGCAACAUGACCUCAACAGGAACACCUGCUGUAGGAGGUCCAUCUACACCAUCACCUAUGACACCAAUGACCCCUCAUUCUGCAGAUCCUGGAAUUAUACCUCAGUUACAAAAUAUCGUAUCUACCGUGAACCUCAAUUGUAAACUGGACCUGAAAAAGAUCGCGUUGCAUGCGAGAAAUGCUGAAUACAACCCAAAACGUUUUGCUGCUGUCAUUAUGAGAAUAAGGGAACCAAGGACGACUGCCUUAAUAUUUUCGUCUGGUAAAAUGGUUUGUACAGGCGCUAAGAGUGAAGAAGACUCCAGGCUAGCAGCUAGAAAAUAUGCUCGGAUAAUCCAGAAGCUCGGUUUUCCCGCUAAAUUCCUUGACUUCAAAAUUCAAAAUAUGGUGGGCAGUUGCGACGUGAAAUUCCCCAUAAGACUGGAAGGACUCGUACUCACCCAUAGCUCUUUCAGCAGCUAUGAACCAGAGUUGUUUCCUGGUUUGAUUUACCGAAUGGUCAAGCCAAGGAUAGUGCUUUUAAUUUUCGUGUCAGGCAAAGUGGUGCUGACUGGUGCCAAAGUCAGGCAGGAGAUCUAUGAAGCGUUUGAUAAUAUUUAUCCCAUUUUAAAGAGUUUUAAGAAGCAGUGAAUGUGAGAUAGAUGCCUUUGGAUGAACUGUAUUUUUAGGAUAGGGUCGGAUAGAAUUAGCUGGACUUUUAUUUUUGUAGGGACGGGGAAAGCGUUUUAACGGAGAUUGAUAAAACUAUAGUAGAAAAUACUAAAUCUAUUCGACAAAUUGUUUUGUUUGACGUGACUUGGGUAUGUGAAGUACUAGCAUCUAGUCAAUAAUAUUUUUUCAGAUGAUUCCUUAUCAUUUGUCAUAGUACAAACCCUUAACAAUGACCGCGCUCACUAGCAUUUAGCAGUUGGAUAUUGGCAAUGUCAGAAGCAUGCCUAAGCAGGUUAUGCACAUUGCCAGUGAUUGUCAGCUCAUUUGCACUAUUUUUCACGGUACCUCAGUUAUGUUUGUUUUACACACAAAUAAGCUGAUCAGCUGCUUACGCCAAAACGUGAUAAAGUAUCGUGAACAUGGAUUAGAUUAUAGAUUACAUUCAGGAGCUGAGCUAAAGCAAACUCUACGAGUACAGUGGUAAAAGUCAGCUGCUGAAUACUAGUGACACAUUCCAGGUUAUGUGGAUGUUAAUUUGAACAUUUAAAAUGUUAUAUCUGUGAACAGUUGUAGUUAGAGGCUUAUUGCCGAUCAAAGUUCGGUUUUUUAAUUGCUGGUCACGUCGGAUAUCCUUUAAUCAAUGUAGUUGAUGCAGAGCGCUGAGUGAAGGAACAAAAAACGUAUUUAAUCUAUGUUUCAUUCCAGUUUCUAAACGCUAUAUAUUAGGUAAAACGUAUCCGGUACAUUUGUUCACGAACAUUCUGUACAGAACUCCGGUAGUCUGUAAACUGUUGUUCACGAACAUUUGGUCCAGAACUACGGUAGUCUGUAUACUUGUAAGUCCACGGUCCGGCACAUUUUAUUCAUGAACAUGUGGAUUUUAACAGUGGUCUACCAAUCAUGGAAUUAUGAACGGUCACGAAAAUGUAUUCUGUGCUGCAGAGUGUAUCAUACUGUACAGUUUACUUAUAAAGAAAUAAAGAUAAGUACAAUAAUGACAAUUUUCCUCUUUCUCAUCACUUCAGUUGAAUCAAAUAAGAAAAAUUCAGGUAAUUCUUGAUAUACAACGUUCUUUUCAUUCCUAUUGCAACUAGUGCUAGAUAAAUUCCAUGGUUGGUAUGGAUUCUACAAUUUUAUCUUUCAUCGAAUCCACAUUGAAAAUAAUGUAAGGAACAAACAAGUGUUUUCCCUUCGGCAGCAGAAGCAACACUUGUGUGAGAACGUGGUGUAUGUUCACGAGGGUUUCCAGACGCCAAGAUCAUUUUCUCAUACCAAUCUUCUCGUACAUUCAUUCGGCACAAAAUCUCGUACACAGUGGCUGAUUGAAGAGCUGGGGCAUAAGAAAUUUAGUGUGGUAUGUCCGCCGUCUAUAUUUUCUUGCAAUUAAAAAAUAACGAAUGAGCUAUAAACAUAACCUAUAAGGUAAUAUAAACCAUGCAGGCAGACCAUUAUCGUUAAUGUUUAUUACCUCAUCAUAGGCGAAUAAAUCGAUAAUAAUUAUCUACUUUGAUUUUGAAUUGGUUGAUCUCUAACGUCCCUGAAGUUAGCUUCAGAUUCAGAUUUGAAUAUCAUGAAAUUACAGUCGACCAGUUCAGUAGUGAGCUCAAAUCGCCGAUAUUAUAGAAAACUGGUAUUUUCAGCCCCUGAUGGCUUUCAAAUAAAUUAUUCUAGGUAGUAUCCCCAUCAUAGAAGUACAUCUUUACGGCAUAGCUUUGCGAAAAAUCAGGGGACUACAGGAUGAUUCUGUGCACAUAAGGUUUGCCCUCAAAUCAGAAAAGAAGUCGCAGAUCCCAAACGGAAAAUUAUGCCACCAACAAACUCAUAUACGUUGUAGAGACUUAGGAGUACAUCUCUACUGCAUAGCUAUGCGAAGAAUCAGGAGACUAAGGAGUGUCUCUGCGCAUAUAAGGUUUGACUCCUCGAAAAAGAAAAAAAAAUUGCAGAUUCACACGCAGAAUUCUGCCACCAACAAACUCCUAUAUGUUGUAGAGACACCAUAAAAGUCCAUCAAAGCAAAGCUUUGCCAAAAGUCGGGGUGUACACAUUUUAGAUAUAUUGCUAUGAGGUCUCAACAACAUAUAUGAGUUUGUUGAUGCCAUUAUUCUUCCUUUGGGCUCUGAGAUCUUUUUUCUGUUUUGAGGACUCAACCCGUAUGUUCACAGAGUUACCCUGUAGUCCCCUGGUUUUUCGCAAAGCUAUGCCGUAAGAUGUACUCCUAUGGGGUCUCUACAACAGAUAUGAGUUUGUUGGUGGCACAAUUCUUCGUUUGGGUUCUGAAUUUUUUUUAACUUUUAUAUGUAAUUAUUCUUUCGUAUCGUUUAUCGACAUCACCCUGUAUAACCCUAAUUUAGUUUAACAGGUAUGUGGUAUUUACAGCAGUAGUGCAAUUAGGCCUAAUAACUGUUCCAGCGUCACUGGUAAAUUCGAAUUCCCGGAUACUACCUAGAAUAUAAUUUCAUGAUAUUUGAACCUGAAGCUAACUUCAGGGACAUAUUUUAUCCGGAAAUGUCUGAAAGAUAGGCAGCUGAGUGUUUCCUGCGUGUCUUAAGCAGUGGUAUGAGUCAGUGGUGCAUUGUAUAACUUUUGUAUGACGUAUGAUCGAUCGAUCGAUGGUGAUCUCGAUGAUGCCAAUUAAACUAGCGUGAUUAAAAACUGUUUUUUUUACUCAAAUACUAAUUCAUCGUCCGGAUUAAUUCCUCUGCUUCAUCAGUUCAAAUAGGCAGACCAUUACCGAUAAUACAUUCGAACAAUUCCACUAAAUUCUGCUGUCAACAAUGCAAAAAACAAGGAAAAACUUACGCUUGAUGACCACAUCCUACGCAAACAUCCACCAUCAAUGCAGUCAAUAAAGAGCAACAUUUAUAAGUGCGCUAUAUGUCAAUACAAAACGACCAUACCAUUUCACAAUAAAGAGAAUGCUCCGAGUUACCAGUGUGCCACGUGUCAAUUUAAAACCUGUCAUACACGUAGUUAUAAAGAACAUUGAAAAUACACAAUGAAAGUUAAACCUAUAUUCUGUGUAGGAUGUGACAAAAAAUUUGUACAGAAAGUGCAUUUAGACAGCCACAUUUUGACUCACCAUAGUGAUAAUGUUCAAUUGAUGAAAAGUAUGACCCCAAAAAUACAUUACACACACGGUGCCUGCCAUUCUGUAGUAUCAAAAAUUAUGUAAAAAAUGGGAGUAUUAUGUGUCGUAUCGUCAGUCGGUCCUACAAUAGUAGGACGCCUUUAUGGGCUCCAUGAUGUUAAUGAUUUUCUACUGCUCCGUGUCAGCGCUCUAUUUUGAGAUUAUGCUACAAAUAUCCAUUUGCAUCAAAGUGUUCAUGCUUUUAAUUUAUAUCAUUUGUUGUAUAACUUACCCCCUACAAUUCAAAAAUAAACCAUAGCCUCAUAACAGAACAGUAGAAAUCUAGAAAUAACCCAGCAUCUUUGAAGGAGAAAAUCAAGGAGGCCAUAAAGACGUCCUACAAUAAAUUGUAGGAACGACUGAGGAUACGUCCCUUACCCCUUUCAGGUCCAAUUUUUAUUUUCUGUUCUUCAAGAAUAUUUUUGACAAAUAUGGGUUUUUAACAAGUAAUAUAGGAAAAUAUUUUAAUUGAAAUGAAAAAAUUCACAAAAAGUUAGUGGUGGGACAAAUAUAUCCCAGUGGGGGUUUCAACUGAGACAUAUUAUUGGUCCCAAUGGGAAAACAAAAAAGGUUUUGUGUUUCAAAAAUAUAUAAGUAUGGUAAAGGCAAAGCAAUGUUUACAUAAUCCUACAUUACACAUUAUACAAAUAGUAGUGGUUCUACGCUCCUUUUUUUGUAGAGCACAACGGGCGCAGCGUCGUCUUUUUGCUGUUUUCACUGGCAAAUGAUCUCCGACAUUUUCCAUAACUUUGGUUCUUUUUGAUUACCUACCAUGACUGUUACGUCGAAGUUUGACUGAAGUUUGUUUUUUUCCUUUUCCGAUUAGAUAUUCUGAUAAAGAAAAUAGAAAUUCCAAUAGGGGUAAUUUCUUUUGGGUUCGGUGUAAGUCGUUGUAUAUUACCCAGCUAUUAACCACAGAAAUCAUCAGCAAUCGAUAAAAUACCCCUUUCCACCAUUUACAUGAUUUUCGAUCCAAAUCGUAAACACCGCUCAUCUGGUCUGCGAGAUCCAUUAUUUCGUUAUAAAAUGCAAUGGCGGUAGGGCAUGGCUCAUCAACUUUUUUUCCAAUUUUGUAUUUUCUCUCUACACUCGUUAGGUAUGCCUGGACUAUGACAAUUACUCAGCACAAUAACUUCUUUCGUAUCUUGCCAUCUGGUUGCGAGAGAGCUUGAUUGAUUCGUCAAAAACUCACAUUCGGCUCUAUUUAUUUUUUAUUUUUUCAUAAUUUUUUGGCAUGCCUUUUCUCGUAAGAAUGGCAGCUGUUACCGCUGGGUACUGAAGGGAGGCAAUCAUAAUAUGUACUGAAGUACAAAAUCGGUCAAAUGCCAACACAACAUUCGGAUUUUUUAUGGUAUCACAUAGUUUUUUGAUUACUGUUUUACCAAGAGUUCCGCAUCUUUCAACAUCUUCUUUGCAGCAGUAUACAUCUAUGUCAUAUGUAUAUCCUGUUUUAGCGUCAUAUCUACACCAUAAUUUUAUGCCUCUCUUUACCGGUUUUUGAUGACCCUUGAACCCAACCAUGCUUUCGUCUAUCCUUUGAAAAGUAUAUUUGAAACAGGAUAGGAGUUCCUGCACGUAAUAUAUUUUAAUAGAGAUUUCAGGCUUUUGAGGGUCGUUAAAAUAAAGUUUGGAAAGAAGAGACAAACAUCUGUUUUUAGAUAUGGCCGAGUUUAUCGCUUUGUUUCCCAAAGAUGGAUGAGAUGACAGGAAUGCCUAAGAUUAGGUACUUGUAGCACAUAACCAAUGAGCAACCGAGGGUGAUCAUAAUUUCUCCUGCAUCAGUAAGGGCAGCAGACUUGUUGCGAUUACACAUUUGAAUUCUCUGAUUUGUACAUUUUGCGAUUAAAAUAAACAAACUACGCGUAAAAAUAUUGUUGAAUAUUCCUAGUGAAGUAGAAUUUGCGGUUAUCGAUGGAUCUAUGGCGCACUGAAUUUGAUCCGGUAUACUGAAUCGUGGUUCUUUUGUCGCAGCAAUAUUUCCUUCUUCUUCUUCAGUUUCGCUAUUUUCAUUUUGAGUAUCUUCAUCAGAACUAGAGGACGGCUGAUACGAUUCGUCUGACUCUCCACUGAUGUGAAAUGGAUCUUCGUCUGAACAUGACUCUCCAGAGGUAGUACUUAAUUCAUCUGGUGAAGAUAUUUCGUCUAAAUUCUCAGCGCUGUAUCGAAGUUCAGCAUCAGUCAGUCUUUUAUUUUUCUUUCUUGACAUACCAAAAAAAUCCAUUGGGAUAUAUAGAUAACCCAGUCAAAAAACCCACUUAGACUCAUGCAUCCAGACAAAUAUUGUAUCAAAUUAUGCGAACAAAUUAAUCAAAAAUAUACAAAAAUGUUGCUUUAAUAGACUCUCAACUUACCUGAAAAAGUCUCUAAAAAACACAACAAAGGCGAAAUUUGUACAAAAACAGGUCAAAAAGCCGACCACGUGCUAUUUCUAUGUUGUUUCCCUGUAGACUUAUUGAAGGGCCCAGUGCUAAGGAUGGACGUUUCUGCCUAUCUCUGAAGAGAGCCAACCUAAGGUUGCUGAUGGGAAUGUUGUCUGGCUAUAACACGUUAAGGCGCCACCUGAACGUGAUGGGGGUGGCUGAGGAUCCCUUGUGUGAAUGCUGCGGGGUAGAGGAAGAGACCUCGGCGCACGUUUUGUGUCGCAGUGAAGCUCUGAACUACUAUAGGCAGACUAUACUGGGGUCCAUUACUUUGGACCCUCAGGACGUCACGGAGCUUGGACUCAAAGCGAUUCUCAACUUCACUAAAAGGGCGAGGCUUGUGAUCUAAGGAAUGUAGAGGUGCAUAAGGGCCCGCUUAAGCGGCCUGUGCACUGGCUCUUUAUGGUGGCCGGAAUGCCUCUAAUUUCAAGAUUCAUUCAUUCAGACUGAUACGCGAAAAGCAUGCCGCCGCGAGUGAGAACCUUGCGAAUGCUUCAGAAUACCCAUGAAAAACCAUUCCUUUGUAAUACGGGACAUUUAAAGCACUGUGGCAGAUUUUAAAUCAUACGUUGGGAUUUAUAUGUCCCAUUGAGGCUGGAAGGGUUACAGUACGCGUACACCAAAACUGAUUUAGAUGUCGGCCGGAGCUGUUUGGACGACUGUCUCGGAUGUUCGUCUGCAUACACUACGGCCGACAUCGGACGUUGCCCGUCGGCCGUCAAUCUUGAAUACAGAUUAACAGAUCGAAGACCUGUUUUUAAAAUGGAGUAUUUCGAAGAGAUGUAUCUUUCAGAAAAAUCGUACCGCCAGUUAAUUCGUCGACGUCGUCGUGUGUGGGUUAAUGAGAUACUUAUGCACAGAAAACAACUGGGUGAAUUUCACCACCUUUUCGAAGCUUUAAACUUACAAUCCAUCAAAUUCCUCGAAUACUGUAGAAUGUGUUAUAAUACAUUUCAGUAUAUUGCUCUCUUGAAUUGCUCAAUUCUUUUUACUAUUGUAAAGGCUAUAUCCAUUUCCAAUGCAACUUCAGCCCAUAGCCGUUUUCCAAUAUCUCGAUUAAUGUAACUUUUUGAGUUUUUGUCCCACAGGGGUGGUCUAUUAUAAACAGAACCAAUUAAUAUCCAUACUUAAGAUGCUAAUUAAUCGCGCUCACGUUAUUUUACAUAAGUUUGAUUUUAUCUGCCGAUCACAGUUCGGCCGGUGACGGAUUAUGUUUACGCGAGCCGUUAGAGUUAAUAUGAUUACUUAAUGAAGAUGUAUUUUUGCAAUUAUAGAAAGGCAAUAAAUAGGUCGUAUUGAUAUCGUUUUAGCAAAAUCAGUAGUACACUAUUUCAGAAUAGCAGCAUUGUCAUCGCGUUGAGUAUUUGGCGGCCACACAAACAUAUUUAAUCGUUUUAAUUCACUGUGUAUGUGUGGACUGCUAAUUAGGGGCUUAAAAACAUUUUGUAAAAUUCUACGAGUUACUUACAGGAAUAUUACAAGAAUAAUCUCAUAUGUACAGUUAAUACUAAUCAAUUUUCCAAGGAUCCUCAAAAGACAGAAUAUCCUUAAAUGCUGCUGUGGUAAAAAUCACAUCAUAUUUAAGAUAUUUUCAGAUCGAAGUGGCGUUGUAAAUAUACUCUAAUACGACUUUUGUUUGUUUCGUAUUAAUUAUCAGUAUUGUUAUGAAACUGGGAUUGAAAUGUAUUAAGACGAUUUCCUACUUGUUAUGCGUUUUACGACUGAAAUGAAUGGAUCAAUUGAACUGUUAUAUUUUUUUAAGGCAACAAUUUCACUGAAAUGAAAUAAAACCAUAUUUUAA